AUGCGAGAGUGUGCAGGCAGAGGGGCCGGGGAAGAGCAAGAGACGGAUGAUGGGCUCUCUCUGGAAGUCACUGCGCACUCAGGCCUUUUGAUCACAGCAGACUGGUCCUCGCACCCAGGAUGUGACAGAGAGGAGCUCAGCGUGGCCAGAGCCUCUCCCUCUCCUCUGGUGCGGGGGUCUUCUGUCCUGGGGCCUGGAUUUGCUGCCUUUCCCACUCAGCUUCUGCCAGCACCGUCCUGUGACCCACACGCUUCUGUGACCAGGACAAGACACAAGGACCUGGCCAGUGCGCACGGGGUCCCUGCACACCUGGAAACACCGGGCCCUACACAGAGGUGGCCCUGGCCCUGCUACAAGCCGCCCUCAGGUCCCAGUGGCUCAGGGGGAGCCACACUGGGCACAGAUGAUGCCUUUGAGCAGAAGCCGAGACUCCUCUGUCCGGUGUGGCCUCGUCCCACUCCCAGGAGCAGGGGACCAGGCCCGGCUGAGUGGCUGCCACGUGCAAGUGCCCAUCCUUGGUCACAGCUGAGUCACGGGCCUCCAGAGUCCUCCUGGCCAGACCUCCUCAAGUCCACACUGGCCUGCUGCAUGCACAUGGCAGCUCUGCCCCUCGCAGAGGCCGGAUGGCCACUCCUGCAUCAAAUAGCCCAGCUGGCCGCAGCAGAAGGAAGAGGCCUGCGUGGGGAGUGUAGCAUCCUUCCCUGCAGAACACCACUGGGCCCCACCACUGUCCCCUCCAGCAGAGGACGCAUGAGGACAAGCCUGGAACCAAGUUCCCUCCCUCCCAUGGCAGCUCACAGAUGGGGAAGAUCCAGGCCCCUCUCUCGGUCCACGUGCUUCACACCCUGCAGCCUGCUGGAGCACGGACCAACGUGCCCAGCUUUGGAGCUGGCAGGGUCCACACAUCAGUGCUGCUCUCACCAGCUAAAGACAUCCCGCUUCUUGGGAGAGCAGGGAGCUGAGGCUGCAGGGCCGUGGGGGUCCUGAGGCUGCAGGGUGGGCCACCUCGGAGCUCUGCAAGGACCCAAGUCCACCCUGCACCUCCUGUGUGACGCAAGACAGAAGACUUGUCCUAACCACGCCGUGCACUCAUGUCUUCACAUGAGCCUGCCUUGACCUCGUCCCUCACAGCCCAGUUUUAGCAAGAACCUGUGCUCCGAGAGGACCCCACCCCGGUACCUGACUGCAUUCCUCAGCUGGAUCAGUUCCUCCCCUCUCUGACGCCAGGUCUUUGGCCAGUGUUUCUUCUCUGCUCUUUUCCUUCUCCUCACCCCUCCCUGCCUCUUGCAUUCAGAGUGGAGCCCAGUCCUGGCCUGAGGUUUCUGACCCACUGCAAUUGCUCCUGACCAAAAUCGGCUUUCAGGCAUUUAAC